GUACACAGUACAACGUAUGAGGAAACAACUCUUACAUUUUUACAUCUAUCGGUCACAUAUAUGGGAUUUUUUCUCCGGCAGGUCUGAGAUCAGGAUGCUCAAUAACACAAAAGAAACCAAUGACAGAAAUUUGUACAGAUGUUCAUUAGAGGAAAGUUUCAAGUACAUUCUUCUUCCGGUGAGCUACACCCUGGUGUUUGUGGUGGGUCUGGUGCUGAACAUCACCGCUAUGUAUUUCAUUCUGUUUCGAACCAAAGGCUGGAAGCCCAACACUAUCUUCAUGAUCAACCUCAAUAUUUGUGACACCCUCUACAUUCUCACUCUUCCCUUCCUCAUCUAUUACUACGCCGACGGGAACGACUGGCCGUUUGGAGAGCUGAUGUGUAAACUCAUCCGGUUCCUCUUCUACACAAACCUCUACGGAAGCGUGCUCUUCCUCAGCUGCAUCAGUCUCCAUCGCUUUCUGGGCGUCUGUCACCCGAUGCGCUCUCUGUCAUGGAUGAACGCUCGCUGUGCACGGUUGAUCUCCGUGUGCAUAUGGGUGACUGUUCUUAUCUUCCAGUCUCCGGUCCUCUAUUUCUCCAGGUUGAGAGACAAAAGCAAAGAUGUGAUCUGUCAUGACACCACAAUCCAAGCGCUCUUUAAUGAUUUUCUGGUGUACAGUUCGGUGGUUAUGGUCCUGUUUUUCAUCCUACCGUUUGGGGUGGUGCUGGUCUGCAACGGCCUAAUGGUGAAGAAACUUCAAGAACCCGGAGUGGGAGAGGGACCAACGUCGCAGCGCUCCAAGCAGAAGUCGGUAAAGAUGAUCAUCAUCGUCCUUCUGGUGUUCGUGUUGUGUUUUCUUCCCUUUCAUGUGAACCGCAGUAUAUACUACACCUUUCGAUACCUGGAUGAGAACGUGAGCUGUGAUGUGUUGAACAAAUGUAACGUGGCCUAUAAGAUCACUCGACCUCUGGUUAGUCUCAACAGCUGCAUCGACCCCGUCCUUUACUUCAUGGCGGGACAAGGCUUCAGAAACAGCUGGAACAGAAAGUCUAAAAGAAGGAGUGACAGUUUCAAAUCCCCCUCAACAUUACUCAGCACAACAACUGACACGCACAUGAAUUCUUUAGCAUGACAAGAUUCACAAUGCACAGCAUGAAUUGUUCACAUUCGUGCAUCUUUUUUAUGCUCGUGUCUUCGUUAGUUUGCAUGGAACAAGAUUUCUGUAGAUUAGAAAAAAACAUAUCUCUAUUCCAAAACCUCACCACGAGCAUCUCUACAAUCCUAUCCAAUAGCCCAAAACGUUUGUUUGUCUCAAUAUCAACAAUUAUAUUGACCAGAGAAAUGAGAUAUGCUGCAAGAGUUUUAUUAGUUCGAAGGUUUUUCCUCUUGUGGGCCGAGGUGUUGACUUCAGACUGUUUCUUUGAGAGAAUUCAUGUUUUGAUAGGAGGGAUUGAGAAGUAAUUUAUGGGUGCCUCCCAUAGAUGUACAAUAAAAGACCUCAGUUGGCCCCUUCCUUCACAUUCCUGCUUGUGCCCCCGACAACGUUCCUGACUCAAGGCGUAGAUUUAUGAUAAUGAAUUGCAUGUACAGUCAUGAUCAACCGUUUGUGUCUUGUUUUGUUCAAAUGAAGUCAUCCAAAAACCUUCAAAUUCUGUUGAUCUUCAGUUUCGUCACAAGGCUUGUUGCUCACUUCAGCUGUCUUCGCUGGUAUUAUGUGCUGUACCCUGAUUUUUUUUUCAGAAAACAUCCAACUAGAAUUUAAAUGAAUGUAGUGCAUCGCUCUAGUUUACAACGAGUAACAAGCGUAGCAUUGUGACGAAACAAAUGAAUCCGAUGAUUGUUUUUGGAUAACUUUAUUGUAAAUAAAAAAAGACACAAAUGAUGACCGUACAUGUAAAACCAAAUGAUAGCAUGCAAUACACACUCCCCUUAAACAUACUCAAUGCUAGUUUUUGUGUGUCUCAUGAAGAGAACACACAUACCGUAUGCUUGAGCACCCACAGCAUCGUCGACUCGGCUUCAGGUUACCGUCAACGUGAUUUAUUUCAAAAGGAGUUGAUCUUGUUUGAGCACAUUUUCUAUGUGUUAGAAAAACCUAAAAUAAUUACUGAUGAAAGCACUUACAUACUUUAGUGAAGGGUUAUAGGAAAAUCAGUAUGCUGAAGUCAAACAAGGAAAGAAAAGUUAUAAGAUACAGUAUAAAAAAGCGUUUAAAUCUAUUGAAUAAUAAAUAAGAGCAAUGUCAACAUGUCUGUAUUUCAUAUGUAACUAUGAAACUUCUGAACUUUCCAACAUAUAUUUUGAAAGGACGCACAUUUAAGCUGUAUGAAAUUCCUUUUAAAUGAAACAGAAUAUGCAAAUGUCAAUAACAAAGCUGUGAUGCUAACCUUGAGUAGCCUUAAAUGGCAUGACUAUAUAGAAUAAUAAUGAAUGUAAAUAAAUAAAAAAAUACACAAUGAAAGAAGUAAAUGUUACAAAUUAUUCUAUGUAACAAAUAUGUUUUUAUUGAUA